UAUUCUUUUCCUUCUCCGACCGGCCUUUAUAAAUCUCACUGUGAGCUCCUCCAGAUCUGCUUCUUGCUCAUUCAAGAUUCAAGAAAAUGGAUUCCCCGCAACGGAGGAAGAGAAAGCAGCAGGCAAGAAUAUAUAAACCAGCGUAUGCCAAGUUUUUAUCUGUAAGGUCUCUAACUGUAUGCUUGUCUUUCUUCGUGUUUGUUUUGUUCAUCUCCUCAGAUCGUUUGCCUAUCCAUAAGGGCGUUUCGUUUCGUCCGGUUCUGAAGACUUCCACUUUAUCACUUUUGCCUGCUUUUCUGACUGGUAAUGGUGGUGCUCAUGCUACCAGUAAAUCCCAGUAUCCUCGUUUAGUAGUUGAAGGCAGGGUGUUGAUGCCCGACCACUUAAUGCUAAUCGUGUCCAAUAAAUUAACUCCCCCUGUUGAUAACUUACACUGUGUUUACUACGACCUUGUGCUUGAACAAGUUGUGUUGAAGCCCGUUUUGUCUGUUGACGAAUACCAUCAGUAUAAGUCCAUUGUGAGGUGUCACCUUCCGCCUCUAAACUUCUCUGCUUCAGUUAAUUUGAGAGGGAGACAGCGAGGGCGUCUUGGCAAUGUUGUGGUGGAAAGACGUGACUGGUUGUUGCGGCUUAAUCAGAGUGUGGUUCCUUCCUGGGACAGGGUGGUUUAUGAGGCGGUUUUGGAUUGGGACGCUCACACUAGGAAUGUGGUUGUGUUUGCUAAAGGAUUGAAUCUAAAGCCGCAAAGAGAAGCCGAUGCAAGGAAAUUCAGGUGCCACUUUAGUUUGACUGAUUUUGAUCAACAUCAUCGAGGAUUAUUUGUGCUCACUACCCAAGCGAUUGCAGUUGCACAAGAAACUGUUCGUUGUUUGUUGCCGCGUAGUAUUCUAAACAAUCCAGAUAAGGCUAAGGACAUUCGAGUCACUGUUGGUCGUCGUGGUGAUGACAAUGUUGAAGGUGCAGAUGAUGCUCCUCUGCCUUCCAUUGCCAAACUUCAAAACGUCAACUCCCAUCAGGGCAAGAGUAAAACAGGGAAAUACGAGCUUUGUGCUUGCACCAUGCUAUGGAACCAGGCAUCUUUCUUACGGGAGUGGAUUAUCUAUCACGCUUGGCUUGGAAUAGAGCGAUGGUUCAUCUAUGACAACAACAGCGAUGAUGAGCUUCAAGAGGUUAUUGAUGAGCUUAAUUUGCACGAGUACAACAUUACUAGGCAUGUUUGGCCAUGGGUUAAAACACAAGAGGCAGGCUUUUCACACUGUGCUUUGAGAGCAAAGCAUGAAUGCAAGUGGCUCGGAUUGUUUGAUGUUGAUGAGUUUUUCUACUUCCCACAUGACCGAGGACAAGAUAUACCUGGUCCAAAUUCGCUACGAGCCCUUGUCAUGAACUACACAGAUUCGCCAACAUAUGCAGAGAUAAGAACAGUUUGCCACAGCUAUGGGCCAUCUGGACUGACAUCAUCACCAUCACAGGGUGUAACUGUAGGUUAUACUUGUCGGCUUGAGGCUCCGGAGAGACACAAAUCUAUUGUGCGCCCAGAACUCCUUCAUACAACUCUUCUUAACGCGGUGCAUCAUUUUAGACUGCAGGAUGGAUACAGAUACCUGGAUCUCCAAGAAAGCAAGGCUGUAGUGAACCACUACAAAUACCAAGUGUGGGAUACCUUUAAAGCCAAGUUCUUUAGAAGAGUUUCGACCUAUGUCACUAACUGGCAAGAUGACCAAAAUAAGGGAUCAAAGGACAGAGCACCAGGUCUAGGAACCGAAGCCAUUGAACCUCCCAAUUGGCGGCUUCAAUUCUGCGAGGUUUGGGACACUGGUCUAAAGGAUUUUGUUAUGGCCAAUUUUGCCGAUUCUGCGUCAGGGUUCCUUCCCUGGUAGAGGUCCCUCGCCUGACAAUUUCUCAUUUGGAAAUUUCUCAUUUGGAUUUGCAAAUUACAGCUAGGCGCCCAUGUAUAACAGAGUAAUUACACGAGCAGCAUUCUUUGAUUGUUUCAUUUUGCAUUUUUUGUACCUGAUUUUUUAUUGUCAUAGAGAGGCAAAUUACACAGAUGUAAAGUUGGAAAAGUAUUCAAGUGAUUCUUUUCUUCUUCCUU